UCUCGCGCCGCCGCCGCGCGCGUUGCGUAGCGGCUAUGUCGGGGCGGCGGGAGCGGGGCCCGCUGCAGCGGGUGCAGCGGCGGAGCCGGGAGCUGCAGGCGCAGGUGCAGGCGCUGCGGGCGGAGAGCGCAGCCCCGGCCCCCGGGCGGCGGGAGGCCCUUCGGCAGAGAUGUAUGCAGCUGAAGAAACUGGUGGAUGAGAAUACAAAUGCUCUUUAUGCUUUGAAAAAAGCUGAUGAGCCUGCACCUGUGGGGAAUUACAGUCAGAGGAAAGAAGAAGAAGAAAAGCUAUUGCUAAAACUUUCUCAGCAGCUGCAGAAACUUGUUCUUGUCUUGGAUCAAGAUAAUGUGACUACGAGUUACGGGGUGGAUCAGGAACAUCAGAAAGAUCCUCAAGCAGAAGAUGAGAAUGAAGAGGAGGAGGACAGUGAAGAUGAGGAAAGUAGUGAGGAGGAAGACAGUGAAGAAGCCGAUGAGGAUAAAUUGUUGGAUGAUCCGAAUGUUAAAGAAUGUAUUGCAGUUGGGAACUUUAAUGCACAGCAGGAAGGAGAUCUCACAUUUAUGAAAGGGGAAGUCCUGCUUAUACAUGACAAGAAGGCAGAUGGCUGGUGGGUAGCCGAAAACUCGAAAGGGGAGAGAGGCCUCGUUCCUAGAACCUAUCUUGCGGUCCAUAGUGAAGGUGGUGAAAGCCAAGCGCAAAGUGAAGAACACAUAGAAGUGGUGGAUGAAACAGCAAGUGGAACUGAAAUUAAGAAAAGAACAGAUUCUCACUGGAGUGCUGUAAGAAGAGCUGUCACGGAGAAUGACACAGUAGAGGUACUGGCAGCCACAGGAGCAGUUCCUGCAGGAUUCCGCCUAUCCACACUUUUCCAGCUCUUAGAGAAAGGCAAUCAGUUUCGAGCAAGCUACUUUUUGCAGCCUGAGCUUACUCCAUCACAGGUGGCUUUCAAAGACUUGGUGUGGAACUCUGAAAAAAAUACUAUUUAUCCUAGACCAACUAGAGUAUCCCUGAUUGUAACUUUAUGUAGCUGUAAAAUGAUUCCUCUCCCGGGACUCAGUAUACAGGUUCUCAGUAGACAUGUUCGGCUCUGUCUGUUUGAUGGCAAUCGGGUGCUGAGUAACAUUCACACAGUGAGAGCUACGUGGCAACCUAAAAAUCCUCAAACAUGGACCUUUUCUCCGAGGGUAACGGGCAUUUUACCCAGCUUGCUUGAUGGGGAUUGUUUUGUCAGGUCCAGCUCUCUGUCUUCAGACAUUGGUAUAUUAUUUGAACUUGGCAUCACUUAUCUUCGCCAUUCAACAGGUGAAAGAGGAGAGCUAAGCUGUGGCUGGGCAUUUCUGAAGCUUUUUACUUCUGAUGGAAUGCCUGUUCCUUCCAAGAUGCAUGAGCUGCUAUUAAAUGGUGGUACUCCCUACGAGAGAGGCAUUGAGGUUGACCCAUCGAUAUCAAGAAGAGCAGGCAGUGGGGUUUUUCAUCAGUUUAUGGCACUCAGGAAACAGCCUGUGCUUCUAGUGAAACUGAGGUCACUAAGUGUGCAGUCAAAAGCCGUCCUGAAUUUGCUUCCAGAAACGUUACUGGGCAGUAUGUGCUACAUCCAUCUCUUGAUAUUUUAUCGACAAAUGCUUGGUGAUGCCCUCCUGAAAGACAGAAUAAGCAUACAAAGCGCAGAUGUAAUCUGUAGUCCUAUUUUAGCAACUUUCCCUCAACUCGUGGAUCAGCCAGACCUGAUGGAUGCACUUCGGAGCGCUUGGGCAGAUAGAGAAAGAACGUUGAAGAGAUCCGAGAAGCCUCUGAGCUCCAGACCUCCCAUCAGUCUGCCUGAAAAAGACCUCUGAAUUCUGCAAGUCUCCCUACCUCAGACAGAUGUAACCUCCAUCCAGUUUUGGUGUGUAGACAGCUAGGAACAGAAUUGCCCAUGCCACCAGGCUUACCCUACCUUGGUCCUACCGCCUGUUCUCUGGACAAAGAGAAGCUGUAGGUAACGGAACGGGAAAGGCACUGGCUCUUGGUCCAAGGCACUUCAUUUCUUGGGAGCAGCAGCAGGGUAUCUCAUUCACUGUGCGUGCUACUGAAUAGAGAGGCGAGAAGAUCUCCUCGUUUGUGCAAACAAAACAAAAUGCUGUUGAGUCAGAAUUGCUUUUUCAGGGUCAUUUAUCCAAAACGAAAGCUGAUCUGCUCAAAGAAUUAGUAACUCCUCGGUAUCCCAGAACCAUCCAGUUUUACCUGAUCUGUCAUGUGCCACUCCCGUGGUAGGAUUGCUGCCUGGUGAAUUCUUACUCCUUGCACGGCUGUGUGACUUGUUAGCUUAGCUGCUAAAUCUGCUGCUGAGGCGUUCAGUGCCACUCAUAGCGCUCACAUUUCUGGAAGAGUCUUGGUGAUCGAGUUUUCCAGGAGGCAGCGUGUUGCAUCUGCCCUCCUUGCAUGAAGGGGUUUUUCUAGUGUGCGUGUGGGAAAUGAGGCGCACAGAUCUUGUCUAGUUACAGCGUUGGGAUCUUUCAGUGUUUGAUCACUGACCGGGCUGCUGCUUAGUCUGAGUUUUUCAAACUGGUCUUUACAGGGGAGGGCGUAAUUCUUGCCAUGCACAAAACGUCCUAUGAAAGCUGGAAGUAACAGUACGUACGGUGUGGCCUUGCCUCCCGCCAAGAGCCACAUGCUGCCAGGAGUGUGGGAUCAUUCCAACUCUGCCUGGGGCAGUAGAGAAACAAGUGGAGUUUGGGCUUCCAAGGCGGGGAGGAUGUGGCACUACCCUGGCAGUCUCUGUGCGUGCAGAGGCUUGGGGAGCAGUCGUCGCAUGCCGGUGUUCUUGGGAAGAGAUACAAAACCCCCGGGAACAAAGGGCUCUCGGUGGCUGUUUCGUGGCACCCAGCAGGGUUUGGCUGCGUAUCGCUGCUCUCUGUCGUUUGGAAAAGUAAGUUGGCUGGAGAGCGGAUUUGUUGAUCUGUGGUUUAUGUAGUGUACUCCUCGGUGGCGAGUCCAAGGCCCAUCUGGCCAGCCGAUGCUUAUUUAGGAAGGUCAGAUCUUUUCCCGUUGUAAUCCUGGGAACCAGGGGUUAGCCGAAUGUUUUCUUCUUUGAUCUUUUUCCCCCCCUGUGCACAAUACUUCUGGAGGAGUGCUUGGCAACGCCAUGUAUUUGAACUGAAGUACUUUCAAAUCCUCUUCUCUGCAGAGAGAUGGAGAAUUUCUGAAAUCGCUGUUCGUCCUGGUGUACCACAACUCUGUCUUCCCUCUCCUCCAGUCCACUCUCCUCCCUGACCACAAGUGGGCUGAGGAAGAGUCUGAAGCAUCUCGCUGGAGAGUGAUUGCUGACUU